AUGUCGCUCGCACUCAAUGAUCUGGUGAACUCUUACGACGCUCUCACUUUCGGUAUGUGGAUCGCAGAACAACCAGGUGCCACCUAUUUAAGCUGGGGCCAGAGCACUAUGAACCCUGAUUCUCAUCUGUUAAUCAAAGCUUUGGAUGCAGAAACUGAAGAGCUGGUUUCAUCUUUUGAGUUGAAGAUAGACGGAUCGCCUUCGGAAUGGUUAGAUGGCAUCUACAAACUUGAAGAAGAGAAUCAAGACGAAGAGUCUUCAAUGGAGGAUGAAAACCUUGAAACAAGAGCGUCAAGGUGUGGUCAGUAUUGCAGCAACACCCCUGGCUGUCGUGACCCUGUGUGCCCUGCUUGUUCCGCUGUAGAAAGAGGUGAUUGGAGGAAGAGAUGUACCAUUUUUUGGCUAAAUCGCUAG